CUUCCAUUACCGCUUCCGUCUUUCCGGGUACGAUCGCGAGACCGCGGAUUGUGUAGCGUGGUUCCGAAGUACCAUCCAGUGUUGAACGACGCGCGUAUCGGUGUGCAAGUACGACCUCGCAGAGAUGAUACUGCGCGUUCGAGGUACGCUCUUCUUCGGCGUCGUGCUCUGUCUCCUGGCCGUGGUUCUAUCAAACCCUUUGAAUGGUUCGUUGGAGGAAGAUAGUAAGUACUGUUAUGAGAAUCAGUAGGGGUACUACGACGACAAAAGAAGUUAAUAAUACUGUUGAAGGAAAACCAGAUUCCAGUAGCGGAGAUUUUCAAGAUGUCAGCUACUUCCCUUACAGUCUGGAAAUAAUUGAACAAGUCUUAUUUAGCGUCAAAAAUGAAAAAUGCGUCGAACACACCAAAUUAGCUUUGGAGGCUAUGACCAAGCAUGAAAGAUGGGCAUUAGAAAUGUUCGACUCAUUUGCGAAAUUCCCCACUGGCAUCCUCUACGGCAACUACUACGAACUGGGCAACUUCGAUGAAUGUGUGGGUGCGCUAGGCACCAUCAAAGACGAAGAGAACGACACUGAAACCACCAUACAGGGUCAGUACUGCCUGACAGAUAUCCACUUCCGUGCUAAAAACAAGGCUACGGUCACUGACCGGAUGUUGAGAUCUGUCCGGAACAAGGACCGAUAUGCAUACAACCGAACAGUUAUCCACUGGGGUAUAUGUCUUCCGUCUUCCUGCACCUCAGAAGAUGCCAAAAUCUUCACCAAAGAAAUUUUCGCUGCCACAGCCGAACAUUUUGAAAUCGUUAACGUCACCAUAGACGAUAACAAAUGCUACUAUGAAAAACCGCAGCCUUUGUCAAAGGCAGAAAUUGUUUAUGGAUGCAUAGUGGGUGUGUUCAUAAUCUUCAUCCUGCUAGCGACGGGCUACCACCUGUGGUACUUGAAGCAAAGGAAGAAUUGCACAGCAUACAAUGUCGACAACCUGAGAGCCAAACCACCUAGCGUGCCGAAGGAAGUCAUCAUGUGCUUCUCUCUGAUUCGAAACAUAGGAAAGUUCUUGCACACCAAACCCAACGAAAUGAAUCUAGAAUGUAUCUGUGGGAUCAAGUUUAUAUCCAUGACCCUGAUCAUCACCGGACAUUCGCUGAUCUUCAUGCUCGGUGGACCAGUAGCGAAUAAACAAUUUUUCAGAGAUCUGUCUACAAAAGCAGAAAAUUCGCCGUUCCUCAAUAACGCACUGUUGGUCGACACUUUUCUUCUAGUCAGCGGCUUCUUGCUCAGCCGCCUUUUGCUCAUGGAACUUGAUAAGAGGAGGGGCAAAAUAAAUUUUGCUAUAUUAUAUAUUGCUAGAUAUAUCAGGUUGACACCUGCGUACGUAGUUGUGAUAGGCUUGUACGCCACCAUACUGCCUAGAUUAGGCUCCGGACCAUUUUGGGAAUCCAGGAUCGGACUGGAACAAGAAAGGUGUUUAAGUUCCUGGUGGACGAAUCUUUUGUACAUCAAUAACUACGUCAACACUGACAAAUUGUGCAUGUUCCAAGCUUGGUACUUGGCAGUAGAUUAUCACCUAUUCAUCGUUGCACCUUUUCUGAUAUACGCAUUGUGGAAAUGGAGUAAAAUUGGAGAAGGCGCGAUAUUUGCCUGUACUUUAGUAUCUAUCAUCGUUCCUAUUUACGUUACGUACAGCCAAGGUUUGGAUCCAACUCUUAUGGCAUAUCCACCGGAAAUCGAGGAUCUCUCCACUAACUACUACUUCGUCACUGCAUAUAUCAAAACGCACAUGCGUUGCAGUUCUUAUGGCUUGGGCGUCCUUUUUGGAUAUAUUGUACACAAAAUUCAAGCCAAGGGGUACAAAAUACGUCCCUGCGUCAUCAUGUUGGGUUGGAUCAUGUCAGCGCUUUUAGGCGUCAUGGCAAUGUACUCCAUUGUGGUAUUCUACAAGCCAGAACAUGAAACUAGCAGUAUUGAGGCUGCUAUUUACGCUCCACUUCAUAGAGUUGCCUGGUGCUUAGCCAUAGGAUGGGUGCUUGUAGCUUGCAUAACAGAUAACGCAGCACUGGUGAACAAAUUCCUGUCGUGGAAGCUAUUCAUUCCAACAAGUAGGCUGACAUACUGUGCUUACUUGGCAAACGGUUUGAUAGAAAUCUACAAUAUGGGGGUGCUCAGGCAGACUGUCUAUCUCAGCAAAUAUGAAUUGGGCUGCAAGAUAUUGGGGCAUGUCAUACUCACCUAUGUAGUGGCAUUUUUCUUGAGCAUCCUGUUCGAAUCGCCAAUACACGGACUAGAAAAGAUUCUACUGCGUAAAGACAGAUUCAAGGAAAUCAAGCAGAAUUCCACAGUGAGACCAGUAGGAGAAUCAUAGUUUAAGUUUUAAGGACUCAUCAAAACUUAUUUUUGAACUGAUAGGAAAGCUAUUGAGUGGAACGACGUUCAAUUCAUCGUUUUUAUGUUUGGCGGUUAGUUCAAUAUGGUAAAGAACUAAAUGCAGAAAGUAAAGUUACGAGUAUCAAAUGAGUCUACCUCAAGAUGGACCACAUUCCACAAGAAAACAAAAUAAACUAAUUCCAAGUUUAUUUUCUAUCAGUUCAAAAAAACUGUAUUUAUUUUAGCUGUAUAUUUUGUAUAUAUUUUGUAAAAAGCUCUCAAACAAAAUACAAAAUAAAAGCAUU